AUGAUGGGGCGUCGAACACGGGCGCCGCACGACGACCACUUCCCUGUGGCCCGCGUUGCCCGUUACCUCAAGCGCGGCAGGUACGCCGACCGCCUCGGCGGCGGCGCCCCGGUCUAUCUCGGCGCGGUGCUGGAGUACCUCUGCGCGGAGGUCCUCGAGCUCGCCGGCCACGCCGCCCGCGACAACAAGAAGCCGCGCAUUGCGCCCCGGCACAUCCUGCUGGCCGUCAGGCGCGACGAGGAGCUGGACAGGCUGCUCGGCAAGACCGUCAUCCCCGGCGCGGGCGUCGUGCCGCAUAUCCACAAGGUCUUGUUCCCCAGGACGAAGGCCAAGAAGAACAAAAACAGGGGGGCGUAA